AUGGACCCGGCCGUUCCCACUGUCCAGCCUCGAGCCCAGCCACCGCCACCCGAUGUGUGGCCGCCGGUGGGCUCCGAGGAGGAGUUAUAUGACUGCCCGGAUUACUACUACUUGCGCGACUUCCCAGCCUGUGGGGCCGGUCGCAUUAAGGGCCGGACGCGGCGUGAGCGAGAACUGCGUACCAACUGGCUGGUGCCCGGCGGCCACGAGCGCAAGAUCGCGCAGAAGCUCCUGAACGGCCAGCGCAAGCGUCGCCAGCGCCAGCUGCAGCCCCGGCCGCGCACCCGUCUCACCUGA